AGAGAAAUCAUUCUUCUUUUGGAACAAAACCCCCUGCCUGUGGCGGGGCCAGCUUCUGCUAAAGAGGCUGCUCUCCGCCCUCCAGAAGACCGGGAAGGCGAACACCCGCAACAGAAUGAGCCACGGGAUGCAAGCAACUGAAAAGGCCAAGCCUUCGCCUUCUCUCUUCCCCAGGACUUCAGAGGAACCCGGGCCGGAACUCGUCCCCGAGUUGGGCCAGCCGCUCGCCGCGGCCACCCGCACCCCGCCUCAGCAGCGAGUCUCACCCGGGUCCGCCUGCGAGCGCCUGAGCGCAACCCCGGAGCCGCCAGGGGGCGCGCGCGCCCCGCCCGAAGACGGAAGUCCCGCCUCCCAUUUCCGGUGGCAGGAAGGUCUGGGGCUGGAAGCGGCUUCCUGUUGGAGCAAGGUUGCGCUUUGGGCACGUGUGUUACUUCUCCCGGCUCCCGCGACUCCCCCUGUCCCGUUGAUCUUGUCUGUGGUGCUCCUUGCAGGCCUAAGGAUGAAGGCGAGAAGAAAUAAAAAGCAGGUCCCGAGCUUUCGCAAGCUAAUCAAAACCAGUAAAGUGAAACUUGAAAACAAACUGAAAAAUAAGCAGUUUAAACAACAAAGUACUAUCAAGAAGUACCGAAAGGAGCAGAGGAAACUAAGGCAAGCUGUAAAAGAUGCUGUGUCUAAAAAACCCAUCCCAUUGGAGGACCCAAAGAGCAAACGACCAGUUAAAAGGAUGGAGAGGGAAGAGGAGGAGGAGGAAGAAGCCCUUCCUUUAGAUAUGAUGGAUGAGGAUGACUUACAGCUGAUGAAAGAUUUAGGACAAAAAGCAUCUUUUCUCACAAGAGAUCUUUCUUCUAGUGAGCCAGUUCAUAUCAAGAAACGAAAGCAUGAGAGUGUGAUAGAUAAAUAUGAAAAAAUGCCAAGAACUCUGCAAACUGCACCAGAGAAGGAGUUGAUUCAUUUGCUUCCUAUCAAGGAUAAAAGUGGUAUAAUCCCACAGACUAGGGAGAAGCCAGUCACGGACAUCCAGCAAGAAGAGGAGGAUGAAGAAGAGCUGCAAGUUGAGGAAGAGGUUAUUGAAAGCCCCAGGCAAGAGCUCACAUUAGAAGAACACUUAAUUGAGAGAAAGAAGAAACUGCAGGAAAAGAAAAUACAGAUUGCAGCCUUGGCAUCCGCUAUACUGUCAGAUCCAGAGAGUAAUAUUAAAAAACUGAAAGAGUUGCGUUCCAUGCUGAUGGAACAGGACCCUGAUGUGGCUGUCACUGUCCGGAAGUUGGUGAUCAUUUCGCUGAUGGAGCUAUUUAAGGACAUCACUCCCUCGUAUAAAAUCCGGCCCCUAACUGAAGCAGAAAAAUCUACUAAGAUUCGUAAAGAAACCCAGAAGUUAAGAGAAUUUGAAGAAGGCCUGGUUAGCCAAUACAAGUUUUAUUUGGAAAAUCUGGAACAAAUGGUUAAAGACUGGAAGCAAAGGAAGCUGAAGAAGAGCAACGUGGUGUCCUUGAAGGCCUACAAAGGGCUGGCUGAGGUGGCUGUGAAGAGCCUGUGUGAGCUGUUGGUGGCCCUGCCCCAUUUUAACUUCCACAACAACAUCAUUGUACUCAUUGUCCCUUUGAUGAACGACGGGUCCAAAUUGAUAUCUGAAAUGUGUUGUGAAGCAGUAAAGAAACUCUUUAAACAAGAUAAAUUAGGCCAAGCUUCUCUUGGUGUAAUUAAAGUGAUUUCUGGUUUUGUAAAGGGCAGAAAUUAUGAAGUUAGGCCGGAGAUGUUAAAAACAUUUUUAUGCUUGCGAAUCAAGGAAGUAGAAGUGAAAAAAGAUACAGAGGACAUUAACAAGCCAAAGAAAUUCAUGACUUUCAAGGAAAAGAGAAAAACUCUAUCAAGAAUGCAAAGAAAGUGGAAGAAAGCAGAGGAGAAACUGGAGCGGGAACUUCGGGAGGCUGAAGCUUCAGAGAGCACAGAGAGAAAGCUGAAGUUGCACACAGAGACUCUGAAUAUUGUGUUUGUGACCUACUUCAGAAUAUUGAAGAAGGCCCAGAGGUCACCUCUUCUGCCAGCGGUUCUAGAAGGUCUUGCCAAGUUUGCACAUCUUAUAAAUGUGGAGUUUUUUGAUGAUUUGUUAGUGGUUCUUCAUACCCUCAUUGAGUCUGGUGACCUAAGUUAUCAAGAAAGUCUUCACUGUGUUCAAACUGCUUUUCAUAUUCUUUCUGGACAAGGUGAUGUUCUCAAUAUUGACCCGAUGAAAUUCUAUACACACCUCUACAAAACGCUGUUUAAACUGCACGCAGGUGCUACCAACGAUGGUAUUGAGAUUGUACUCCACUGCCUUGAUGUCAUGCUAAGCAAGCGCAGAAAGCAGGUUUCUCAUCAGCGAGCUCUUGCCUUCAUCAAGCGCCUUUGUACACUUGCUCUGCAGGUUCUUCCAAAUUCAAGCAUUGGCCUUUUAGCAACUACCAGAAUAUUGAUGCAUACUUUUCCCAGAACAGAUCUGUUGCUUGAUAAUGAGUCUCAGGGCAGUGGCGUUUUCCUGCCUGAGCUGGAGGAGCCAGAGUACUGCAAUGCCCAGAACACGGCGCUGUGGGAGCUGCACACACUGCGGAGACAUUACCAUCCUGUAGUGAAAAGAUUUGCAACUCACCUACUUGCUGGGGCACCAUCUGAAGGUUCUGAGGCCCUCAAGCCCGAGCUGAGCCGAAGAUCUGCAGUUGAACUUUUUGAGACUUACAGUAUGGCAGCAAUGACAUUCAACCCUCCUGUUGAACCUUCAAACUCCAAAAAGAAGGAUAAAUUUUUACAAGGGGACUCAUUUUUGAAUGAAGAUUUAAAUCAACUAAUCAAAAGAUACUGCAAUGAAGUUGCUACUGAGAUACCACUGGAUUUCGCAAAAUGUUUGAAAACAUCUUUACAGUAGAAUAAAGGUGAAGAGUCAGUGACUGUCUUAUGUUCAGAGACACAUACAGAUACAUGAGGGCCUUCUUCAUGUACAGGAACACUUCCUAAGAAUGACUAUAUGAGGACUGAAGCAGAGGCCACAGAAGACACUGCUUAUUGCUUUGCUUUUUAUGGCUUACUCAGCUUGCUUUCUCAUGCAGCUCAGGCCAACUUGCCCAGGAAUAGCAUUGCCCACUGGUGGUGGGCUGGGCCCUACCACAUCAGUCAUUAAUUCUAUAAAUGCCCUGCAGACAUGCCCAUAGGCAAGUCUGAUGGAGGCAGUUCUUCAGUUGAGGUUCCCUCUUCACAGGUGACUUUAUUGUAUGUCAAGUUGACAAAAACUAAGCAAGACAGCUAUUAAAUCCUCUUUAUAACUAUAUAAAUAUUGUUAUUGCAGCAGCAUAGAUGAAAGCAAAUAGAUUUUGUAAAGAUUUUUUUAAAAUAGCUUAAAAUUAGACUUUUGUUCAUUGGCUCUUGUUGAAUGAUACACAUAAGGAAUAAUUAAAUCUGACCUUUAGAAGGAAUGAGUAUUGCCAGGGGUGUGUGGGGUGUAUGGGCACACUCAUUUAAUCCCAGACAGAGGCAAAUGGUUCUCUGAGAUCAAGGCCAGUCUGAUCUACAGAGUGAGUUCCAGGAUAGCCAGGGCUGUUACACCAAGAAAUCCCGUCUUGAAGAAACCAAAAAAAAUAUGACUUGUUUCAAAGGAAGUUUGAAUGAGAUUUUAGAAUCUUGGAAGUUGUGUUUAUUAUUUUACAUGAGAGUGAUGGGGAAAUUGCUCAAGAGGAUGAAAGCAGAUCCGAGAUUUCCACUGUGCUCUAGGGAUAUUGGUUCCUGACAAGCUAGGAAAGUGUUUUUCUUUUAGAUUCUUAUAGAUAAAAACUGUAUAUGUUUAUACAUAGAGUUAAAAAGCACUAUUUUAUACAAUAGCUAUUGCUAUAUUGUAGAGAUGACUUAUGAAAUGUGUACAUAAGUAUUUUCUACUAUUAAGAGUUGAAUAAAGUAGCUUCCUUUUCUACUUCAUAGUCUUGUGAAAGUUUGUUUUUUAUUGUUAGUGAAAAGCAGUUCAGCUAAAUAGACUGUUAAUUCAGCACCAGAGAAAGCCAGUGCUCCUGGGACUUAGAGCUCUUUCCUCAUGAAAAUGUGAAAACAGAAAAUUCCCUUACCACCCAGCAAACUCUGGAACAGUGACCAGUUACCAGUUUAAAGCCAGCCAUUAACUCCUUUUGAGAAUUAAGCUGGGCAUGUGGGUGUCUGGGAAGACGAGGUCAACAGGUACUAGAGGAGAGAGAAAUGAGGGGAUAAUUACCAGCUGGGUUGGAACAUGAGUGUAUUCUUAUAUUGAAUUCAGAAGUAAGUCUUUUUUUUUUUUUUUUAAUUCCUUGAGACAGACUCUCACUUUAUAGCUUGGGCUAUUCUGGAACUUUGAAAGCUCUGCCUGGAAUUAAAGGUGUGCUCUACCACUGAGCUAAAUCCCGAACCCCAAAGUCAGUUUUAAAACAGGAAUUGAUUGAUUGGGUAUUUCAUGACUAUUUUACAGUUUUCAGUUUCUUGUCAUACUUGGACCAUAAAUCUAUACAAUUAGCAUUUGAAUAGCAUAUAUGAAUUUGAGGAUGAACUGUAUGUGUAUAUUAACUUUUUUAUAUAGCUUUGUAUUAAUGUUUCCUUUUUGGAGAUAAAUAUUACAGGCAUUAGUAAUCACAGGCACAUAUACAUAUACCUUGAGGGCUAUAUUAAACUAUAGCCUUAAUUUUUUUGAAGACAGAUCUUGAUCACCUACUAUGUGCCCAGCAGUACACUAGGCACUUAAAACUGAAGUGGGAUAGUAGGAGUAAAACAGUCUUAGUGCUCCAUGAUCUUUGAUGCCAAGUCAGGUAGUUCACACUGCUUAAAAAUGCAUCAUUACCCAGUUCACUGUCAGAAAGAAUUAUUUCUAAGUUCAGAGGCUAUCAUCUGAAAUAAGCACAGUAUGUGUUCAGUCAAAGAGAUGUCAGGGUAUCUUCAUAAUGCAGGCUCAGGAUGUGUUUAAAAGCCACUAUUUAACCUACUCUUGUGUCAGACAUCUUUAGCUUUGGUUACUUUUAGGAAAAGAUUGCAGAGAACAUGUAGCUUAACCAUGGUUCCUGGGGGGCGGGGUGGGGGUGAGAAAGAGUUUAAGGGUUUGCUGUCUGAUGACUUGUAGACCUAUCCGUUCACCUUUUCUGGCCUUGGUGCUUUUGAGGAGACAACAGUAAAGGGGUUAAAAGUGCACCUUGUCACCUUUCUGGGGGCCACCUCUCACUCUGUCAAAUAUACGACCAAAGAAAAUAGCUCCAACACCUUAUUCUUUAUUGACAGGAGAGUGUAGCCAUCUAUGGAGCUUUGUGUUUUAGAGUUAAUUCCAUUUUACUGCAACAAAGCCAGUCCUUGUUCCUUUUUAGAACCAAGCCUUUAGUGUGUGCAGAGAUAUUGGAAGGGAACAGGAAGGGGAAGAUGGGUUUUAAAAAGACCUGGCAUAUUUUAUACUGGGCCUUCAUGAGCCAUCAGUACCUCCAGAGCCAUCGAAAUGGGAAGCCUUUAUGGAAACAAAUCUGGUUAAAACAAGGCACUUGUAACUCCACUUUUAUUGAGUCCAGACUCCAUAUUGGUCAGCAGGAAACUGUAAACUUGUACUUGUGCUGUGGAUAACGUGUGAAGAGGUCUUACCUCAUGAGGGCAUUUCUGCUCAGAUAGUGUCCUUACUGCUCAAUUCCCAGACACUCUCUAGUAUUCUUAUCUUGUCCAAUAAUCAGUUGUCAUCAGAUGGGUGACUGAGAAGGAAGAGGGUCUCUAUCACCUUCCUACCAAGUAUCACGCUUGAUUUCCACUCUAAUUCUUUAUUGCCAGAUUUUUUUUUUUUUUUUUUUUAUAAGUUGGGUACAUGUAGAGGGUAAAAGGUCCUUGUUCACCUUGAUAAGUACUAGGGAAAUCAGAAAAGUUAAACAGGCAGGCUUGUCUCUUCAAAGGAAGGAGAUAUUUACCUGUUUUCUACCCAGAAUGCUGGGAAUGGAUGUAGUUUACAACCUGUUAAUCUUUUGCUAUCUGUAAGCCCUGGCUUCACCUGAAUCAAUCGCCCAGACUAUUAUGUUUGUUUAUCCCAGACUCUCCCUCUGUAGACCUUGAGCAUUGCUUCCCAGUCAAUAAAACCCAUGCACUUGUGCUUUACGACAGCCUGAGUAACUUCAGUGUUAUCUUAGGGCCACUACAAUCUUGACUCCCAUGGGCUGUUAUGUUUACCUCAGUCAUUACCCCUAGACCCUUAUCUUGACCAUUGUUUUUUAAGACAAUAGUACCUAUCUUUAUGGAAGAAGCCACAGGUACUUUGUAAAGAGUUUCAAUGUAGACUUAUGUGGCUUAAAUGUUGUACACACAGGAUGGAGUGAAUUGUCAUCAGGAAACUUUCUUUUCCAAAGUUGUGCUUGUGCUUAAAUAUGGCUAAAAUAAACUCCCUGGUGUCAGAGUCUAGAAGUUUGAACCAGCCCAGCAAAGUAAGUUGUGUUGAACCUGAUUUCCUUCCUGCCUCUUGCAGAUCAUUUCUCUGUAGGCUGUAAGCCUUUGCAGGGACUUCACAUUCACACAUUAAAAAAAAAAAAAAAAAAAAAAAAAAAAAAAA